GACUGGGAGCAGUGGUAUAAAUAAGUGAGUCCCGUUGUUUAUAUCCACCCGUCCACCGUCUCACCGUCACUCAACCAAGGACCAAGUUCGCAAACCUCUCUGUUUGAAUCUCACACAGCAAAAUAUUAAUCUCCCCCUUUGGUUGGGUGUGCCUCAUCACUCUUGUUCACUCUGCACGGUCGUAAUACUCCAUAAUACUUGGAAUUGGUUAGUGGGGAUCGUCGAUGGAGAUUUGUCGGAAUAAAGCUCUUCUUCUCCAAAUUGACAAUAGGAACCUCAAGUAGUCACCAACAUUCAAUCACUUCACAGUUGUGGCAGUAGUUUAAGUAAACAGACUGGAGAUUGGAGGGGAUGGGAAGAAGAGUCAGUGUCGAUCAUACCACCACCCAGACCACCCAGAAACAGAUUAUCUUGGUCAUCUUGAUGUUGAUAAGGAGGAGGGCUUAAUGCGAUUCCUCGAUGGACGGACCCAGAGCAGAGGAAGUGUUGACCCUGCUCCAGGAACCCGUCGCCGUCGUCACUGGCGGUCGGGAUAAACGUGGUGGAGCUUUGCUUCUCCUCCCAACGUCCCCCAAAAGAGAGCGACUUCAUGCGGAGGACUUGCGACGCUUGUUUCACUACCUGCUAUCCAUCCCGCCGGAGGAUACUCGUGAUCGUGGCUUCUCGGUCGUGGUUGAUAUGCGUGGUGGCACUUGGACGUCUGUGAAACCUAUUCUAAAAAUUCUCAACGAACACUUCCCAACGGCCAUCUUUAUUGUUUACAUUAUUUUUGGCAAAAACUUUUGGCAAAAGCAACGAACCUCACUAGCCAGUCACAAGUACAAAUUCGAAACCUCUCUCGUGAGUAUCGAGUGUCUUCUCAAGGUCGUGGACCCAACCCAACUCACCCCUGACUUUCAGGGAACAUUCAACUAUGAUCACAAAUUGUGGCUAGACUCGAGAAUUGCGCUGGAAAGUUUUUUAUGGGUAGCUGGCGACUUGCUCGAUCGUCUCGACGACUGGAAGGAAGACAUUACGCGCAUGGACUAUGCAGAGGAUGUGACCACAAUCAAACAUGGGAUCGAAGUGCAUGACGAAAUUAAAGACAAGAUUAUGCGUGCUCCAUUCGAAGAUGUGGAUGGGAUGGGGCAAGAGCUUCUUAAGAGACUUAGUUUUGACGCGACCACGGCUAACGGUUCAGGGUACGAUUCUGGAUACUCGGGACGAUCUAGCUCCUCCAGCUCAGUAGUAUCCAAUCCCGAUAUGCAAGCCAGCAUUCCUACCAUCAUGGGAAUGGUGGAACAGGUCCACGGUGCUAAGGACCAACUAAUGCAGCUCUGGCAUGGCAAGAAAGUAAAAUUGGACCAGUGUUUCCAACUCAAACACUUUGAACAAGACUGUAAAAAGAUGCUGGACUGGAUUCGCCACAGCCAUGACGCAUUUUUAACUACAUACGUAGAAAUUGGACAAUCCUUUCAAGUUGCAAAACGAUUAAAAGUUGACCACGAGCAGUUUACAGUGAAUCUCAUGAAUGGGUGUGUGAGCAUCAAUAGAAUUUUGGCCAUGGCUGCUCACAUGGUUGAAAAUACCCACUACGCUGCCUCUCACAUUCGGACUCUUGCUGCUCGGAUUAACCAGGCCUGGAAGGAACUUAGUUGUGCUCUGGACGAGAGAAACACCUUGCUUGCCCUGUCUGUCUCGUUUCACCAAAAAGCGGAACAGUACGCGGAUAAAAUUUCAAGUUGGAGUUGUGGCUGUGAUAAUGUAAACAUUCCAAACGAAGCGGCCGUGCUGGAAAGUGCAAUUCAUCAACAUCAAACCAUCUAUGAAUCCAUGUGUCAAGCCUACACGGAGGUGCACAGCACUAGCAAGAAGCUCUUGUACCAAUUGGAUCACUUGGUCCAUGUUUGCAACCAGUCGGGAAUGGAAAUUCUCGCCCACAAACAUCAGGUAGACGAGAUGGGUCGCGUGAUCCGUUCGACAGACCCAGCCGCCGACUACUCUUCCGGAGCCAAGCAUGUAUUGGAUGUGAUUCAUGAGAUACUGGCUAGACAUCGAAGUCUCGAGCAGAAAUGGACGUCCAAGAAAGUGAAGCUUCAUCAACGUCUCGCACUCAAAUUGUUCAAGGAGGAUGUCAAACAGGUAGUGGACUGGGUCGAGAAACACGGGGAGCAGUUUCUCAGUCGGAGCGUGGGAGUUGGAAGGAAUCUACAAAAGGCGGUCAGCGCACAACGAUCUCAGGACAACUUUGAAAAGGUGGUCCAGAACACGUACACGAACACGGAAAAGUUGCUGAGCGCGGCGGAGGAGUUGGCUCGAACGGGGGAGUGCGACGCCGAGGAAAUUUGGGUGUGCGCGAACCAGCUUCAGGCCCUCGUCAACAACUUUGCCUCGCGAGUCCAGCAGCGGCGACGACUUGUAGACUCGGCCGUCUUCUUCUACUCCCAGCACAAACAGAUUGGCGGAUGGGUGGACAAGCUGGGUGGGGAGGCGGGUGUGGAUGAUGCUCCCGAGAACCUGGAGGCCACCCAACGUGCUCUGGAUGCUGCUCAGGGGAGUCGGGACCAAGUGGCCCAGUUCCUCAUGACCACCAGCGACACGGGGACACGUCUCCUCCAGGACCUCAGGGCUUCCGGACUCACUAUGGAGACGGACAACAGUGGAUCCUUCGAGGCACUGGAAGCAGCCAUGCGGACUCUGGAGAAGCAACGACUCGAGUUGGAGGAGAUCUGGGAAAUGCGUAAACUGAAGCUGGACCUCUGCCUCCAACUUCGACUCUUUGAACGGGACGCACUCGAGAUUGCAUCUCAGAUGGACCACUGGGCGGAGAAAGUGAGUGGGGACAAGGACGUUUCCACUGCCAGCAGGGAGGAAGUUGCCUUCUACGAGCAACAGCUGCGACUGCACAACGACAGCGUCCAAAGGCUCCAGCACACCGUUUACCAAGUGAUCCAGCGGGGCCAAGAGCUGCAUCAGAUGUUGGAGCGAUCCGGCGUCACCCUGAUGGCGAGCAGCCAAAUCUCUGGAGGAACUCGGGUCCAGGUCCUCUUGGAAUACUUGGCAGACAAGGAGCUGGAUGCUGGCGAAGUGGCCCAUCUCAAACGGACAAAGUUGCAACAACUCAUCCAAAUCCACCAACUCCAGAGCGAUGCAAACCAGGUCAUCAACUGGAUUCGCAACGGGGAGACAAUGCUGGCUGCCAGCCUCGGCGUUCCGAGCUCCCUCCUGGAAGCUGAGCAGAUGAAAAAGGAACACGAAAAGUUCCAGAUCGCUCUCGAGAAAACACACAACUUUGCGGUGCAGGUGAAUCUGAAGGCAGAAGCGUUGGCGGGGAGUUCCCAUUUUGAUGCGUCCACUAUCAAAAAGAUAUCCGACGACGUGUCCAGUCGGUGGCACCAACUCAUCACUGCAGCCGACGAUCGACACAAAUUAUUCAAUAAUGCACUCAGCUUUUACAAAACGGCGGAACAGGUGUGCUCCGUGCUGGACAGUUUAGAAAAAGAGUACAAACGAGAUGAGGACCCCUGUGGUGGUGGCAGAUGUGAUGUCAACGUUGGGGACACCAAGGUGCUCGGUGAUCGGAGGGCCUCCGUCAAUCAGCUCAUUACGAAGCAUGGUGAGCAGAAGGAGGCCUUCCUCAAGGCCUGUACGCAUGCAAGACAUACGGCUCGCAAUUUCCUCAAGAUCUCCCAUCGCGUCACGUACCCCUCCUACCAUCACGCCCAGUUUGACACAUCUUCCACAACUCCUACCCACUCCCCUGAACCCAAGGUCAAAGCAAUUUUGGACAAGUUGUUGACUCAGGAGAAUCGUGUCAUGCAACACUGGACGUCCCGAAGAAAGCAACUCGACCAGUGCCUCCAGUACGCCAUCUUUGAGGGGUCUGCCAAACAAGCAUUGGACUGGAUUCAUGACACUGGAGAUGUCUACUUGGCCACCCACAUUGCGUGUGGCUCCGGAAAAGACGACACUGAAGCUCUCCUCAAAGAACACAACGAAUUUAAAACGUCUGCCAAGGACACGCGGGAACGGGUUAAGUUGCUGAUGCAUUUAGCGGAUAGCUUGGUGGAAAAAGGUCAUCUCCAUGCUGCGGAUAUUCGUGGGUGGGUCACUGCCGUGGAUAAUCGCUAUAAAGACUUUAGCUCCCGCAUGGACAAAUAUAGAUCUCAGCUGGAGGGUGCAUUGGGGAUAAAAUCUGGGAGUGAAGUGUCGCUGGACCGUCACUCGGACUCGAGUCUGGAGGGGAAGGUGUCCUCCUCAUCUCUCCAUCAGAACAGUGUAGGUGACGAGGGUCACAAGGUGCUCAAGGAUCUCAACGAAGACCAGUCCAAAAGGCGGCGACGGAGAGAGUUUAUCAUGACUGAACUGUUACAAACGGAACGCUCCUAUGUCAAGGAUCUUCAAGUCUGUAUUGACUUUUACUUGUUCGAGUUGCGUGCGAGUAGUAAGGACCCUUCGGGACUCAAGGCCAAGGAGAAAAUCAUUUUUGGAAACAUUGAAGAAAUUUACGAGUUCCACAAGGAGAUCUUUGUGAAGGAGAUGGAAAAGUACGAGUCUCUACCAGAGGACAUUGGUCAUUGCUUCGUCACCUGGGCUCACAAGUUUGACAUGUACGUCUCCUACUGCAAAAAUAAGCCCGAAUCGACCACGAUGCUCAUGAAGAAUGGAGUGGGCACAUUUUUUGACAAUAUUCAGAGGGAACACAAUCUGGAGCAUUCCAUCCCCGCCUACUUGAUUAAGCCGGUGCAAAGAAUCACAAAGUACCAACUCCUCCUCAAGGAUUUGCUCUCCUGUUGCGAAGAAGGUCAGGGGGAAAUCAAGGAUGGCUUGGAACACAUGCUCAACGUUCCCAAAAAAGCGAACGAUGCCAUGCAUCUCAGUCUUCUAGAGGGUUGUGACGUCCCGCUGGAUAAGUUGGGAGAGGUUAUCCUGCAGGAAAACUUCCAAGUUUGGGACCCGAAACAAAUCAUACGGAAGGCGAGAGAGCGGCAUGUCUUCCUCUUUGAGCAGUACCUUCUCUUCUCCAAAGAGGUCAAGGACUCGAGCGGGAAGGCCAAGUACAUCUACAAGAAUAAGCUCUUGACGUCCGACCUGGGUGUGACAGAGUGCAUUGAAGGAGACGACUGCAAAUUUGCAGUGUGGACUGGCCGUUCCCCCAUCUCCGAUUAUAAGAUUGUGAUUAAGGCAUCCUUGUGUGAGACCAAGAGGAGCUGGGUCAAGAAGCUGAGAGAAGUCAUUCAAGAGACCUACUUCAACACUGCCCUUCGUCUGAACCGCAGCCCUUCAAAGUCGGAUCGAUCGUCGAGGGACUUGGAAGAGCUGGGGUCUACGGAUGACUGCUUUGAGAUGAAUGAUCGAGCAUCGGAAGCUUCCUACGGGUCUGGAAAUAGUGGGCAAGACGGAGAUCACCAACGGAAUUCGUUGGAGAGCACGUGGGUUGUGACUGACCACAUUGCAACUCCUGGCAGCCGAGAACUGAGCGUGUUCAAGGGACAGCAAGUGGAAAUCAUUUCAGUUGAAGAUUUGACACAUGGCCACCUGGAACUAAGUCCGUCCUCUGAAAUGGCCUUGGUGCGCUUGGUGACCGGAUCCGGCGAGGGUGAAGGUUUCGUGCCCCUGGUCGUCCUCAAACAACUCCCCCGCCUCCGCAGCUCCACUGACGCCGACCCAGAGGGUGGAGAGCCGACGACUCCGACGACUCCAGCAGCACCGGCCACAUCCUCUUCGUCCCCAGUCUCCAAACGUCGCGUGUUCAGUGGGAAAUGGCUGCCCCCACCACUCCGAAAGCUGAGCCAAGGAAAGCUGGGGGAGUCUUCUUCCGGGGGGAGCAAGCAGCCGGGGAGCAGCGGGUCAGCCAAACACAACUCCUCUUCUUCCGCCUCUAAGGACGCCUCUAAGGACGCCAAGAAGGGAAACAAGCAGCAGCAGCAGCCACCUCCCACAACGUCCAGUACCCUCUCACAACACCCCCCAUCCAGCGACGCUCAUCAUCCCAACAGUAGCGGUAGUAGUAGUGGAAUGGGUAACCGAGGGUCAUCCUCGUCCACGACGCAGUCCAGCAAUGCGGACAGCAGUGCCCUCGAGUCUCUGAAACCCUCUCGCAGUUUGGGUGGCGGGGAUGUGCCACUCUUUGCCGAGGGGGAUGAAGGGGACGAGGAUCAAGUGGAAGUGCCGCCGCCCAUGGCCCCCAUCUCACAACAACUCCUCUCAUCCGCCAAGGGUGGACCUGAGCAGAGCCACUCCUCCCACGCCUCCUCCCACUCCAAACGGUCGAGCAAUGCGCGAGGAGAGACUGAGGAGGACUCGGUCCCACUGGCCACUGAACUUGAACAAAUCGUCAAGUCGUCCAAAGAACGAAUGGAGCAGCAGGAACAGUUGGAACGUUUGGGUGAACUGAGCCUGGAGGGGGGCGAGGGGCGAGAUGGUGCUGCCGAGGCAUCAUCCUCAGCUGGACUGAAUAAUGGGAAUGGUGAUGCGCCGCCCGGACCCCUGACCCCCGAGGAGGAAGCGUGUAGGAAGCGAACUUAUGUGAUUCGGGAGCUGAUUGAGACGGAGCGAGACUAUGUGCGUGAUCUGAGAGAGAUUGUCGAAGGCUACAUGGCCAUUAUCCGUGACCCCAAUUCCGACAUUGCCCUCCCCGAGGACCUUCGCGGUGGAAAGGAUAAGAUCAUCUUUGGCAACAUGGAGGCAAUCUUCGAGUGGCAUCGAGACAUAUUUUGCAAAGCGCUGGAAAGAUGCACGGAACAUCCGGAAGAGUUGGGUGGUCUCUUCAAACGAUACGAGAGGAAGUUGCACAUGUACGUCGUCUACUGCCAGAAUAAGCCAAUGUCCGAGUUCAUCGUGUCAGAACAUAUUGACACAUAUUUCGAGGAAAUUCGACUAAAACUGGGUCACAAGUUGACACUGUGUGAUUUGCUCAUCAAGCCGGUCCAGCGCAUCAUGAAGUACCAACUCCUACUAAAAGACAUUCUCAAGUACACGGAGCGGAUGGGUGUGCCAGACCAGGUGGAAAUGCUCAAGUUUGCCACCCAAGUGAUGCACGUCGUCCCCAAAGAAGCCAACGACAUGAUGAAUGUGGGUCGACUUCAGGGCUUUGAUGGGAAAAUAACGGCUCAAGGGAAGCUGCUCCUCUCCGGCCUCCUUCUCUGCUCCGAAGGAACGUCCGCUCUCAACUUCAAGGGGAAAGAGCUCCAAGUCUUCUUCUUUGAACAAAGCAUAAUUCUCAGCGAGUCCGUGGGGAAGAAAACUCAGUUCUCGAAUCCCGUCUACAUUUACAAAGCUCACAUCCAGGUGAACAAGAUGAAUGUGUCAGAGAGUGUGGAUGAUGGAGACGAGUGCAAGUUUGUCCUCCGUUCUACGGACCCCAAGAAGCCCAAUUUGGCGUUUGUGUGCCAAGCGUCCUCUGUGGAGGCACGUGAAGAGUGGGUGACCACUCUCCAGUCCAUUCUCCAGACACAGAAGGAUUUUCUCAAAGCCAUCCAAUCCCCCAUCAAGUACCAGAAGAAUAAACUCACCAAGGAACUUUCUGCACCAGAUUUGUGGAGGAAUGCGAGCACUUCGUCGCCUCCAACAUUCUCUCUGCUCCCCUUUUCCCCUGAGAUGGAGUCACCCCACCCAAAGCUAGAAGCACCCACGACCACGACGACGAAUGGGCGAGUGGUGAGGAAUCGUAUGCAUUCCAGUGAUGGUGACGACUUGAACAACACGGGGUCGUCAGACGCGAUGAAGCUGAAAGCGCAAAACAAAAAGACGCAGGGCGACGUCAUCGCCGAGACCCCCUCAGGACGAGGGAGGCAAAGCAAGGCACAAGGCAUACCUCUCCCGCCCUCUUCAGUUGUGAAGGUGAGCAGGGACUUCAAAACCUCCUCCCCUUCGAAACAUCCCCAUCAACUCUCCGUCACUAAGGGGGAGUCGGUUCAAAUUCUGGGGGUUGACUAUGACCAGGAGCUCUACUUUGUGCGACGCCUCAUCUACCCACAUCACGACGGCUGGCUUCCCGCUACCAUCUUUACAGAAGUCCCCAAAAAACCAAACUCGUGGUCCUUUCCUGGUUUCCGAAAGAGGAAUAGUCUCACUUGUAAUAGUCAACAAGUUCCCAACAGCAGCACCAAUCAGAAUAAUAAUAAUAAUAAUAGCAAGACCUCGACAACACCUUCUCCGAAGACCCAGUCAUUGUCGUCCCAUCAGCAACGACAAACCAACAAGAAUGACGACAUUGACGGCGAACCCUUUCAAUUGCCCGGCGUGGUGAAUAUUCACAACAACUCCUCUAGAGUUAAGGAUGGAUCAACGGAAAAUACGACGUACUUGUUUGACGAGGCCCCCGUGUUUUGUCACGAGCUGCAAAACAUCAAGGUAGCUUCUGGAGAGGAGGCCGUACUCCAAUGUCAACUCUGUGUCUCGUCCUUAGUUGACUUGGAAGCCACCUCCCACCACCCACUGCAGACCCCAUCACCACCACCAGUCAUAUUUUGGAAGGAUGCUUUUGGACAUGUCAUCCGUCACUCAGAGUCGCACCAGGUCACCUUCUCUCAAGGGAAUGGGAUUUGUAGCCUACGCAUUCUCCAGGCCAGGGUUUCCGAUUCAGGGAGAUAUACUUGCACCGCUUCUAAUGAGCAUGGCAGUGCCUCCAGCUCGGCGGUCCUUAGUGUGACAGCGGUUGCACCGACGGCACCCUCAGCACCAAAAGUCACGCCAGUGGACAAGGACAACAGCGUCCUGCUUACUUGGGAAAGUGACACGAAUGGUGGUGACCAAGUCGUCAAGUUCUACACGGUGGAGACGUGUCUAAUGGAAAGUGAGGUAUGGACGAGUUGUGCCGUCGUGGCACAAAACUACUGCAAAGUUCAGCACUUGAAUCCUGGAUUGGACUACUCUUUCCGAAUCAUUUCUCAUGGGGAGGGGACGACAAGAAGUGAACCCGGUCCACCCUCAGAGUCUCUCAUCUUGUCUCCAAUCACCAACCCUGCAUCCACCCCCACCACCAGAAGUAGCAGUGCACAGCAGCAGCAACGCUCUCCCUCGCCAACGACCACGUCUCCAAACUUUGAGUCCAAGUACACGGAAGGGGAGGAGCUAGCACGCGGGAGAUUUAGCAUCGUUCGCAAAUGUUUCGAAACCUCGACGGGUGUCGAAUUUGCCCUCAAGCUUAUUCCGAGACAUCGUUGGAAACGACAACUGAUUCUCAAAGAGUUCCAGAUCCUUGCUGCCAUCUCUCACCCUAACGUUCCUGGUACCAAGGAGUUUUGUGACACGCCAUUCAAUUCGGUUAUCGUUAUGCACUUCGUUCCUGGCUGCAACAUUUUGGCGUACCUUUGCGAGCAAGAGUCUUACACCGAGUACCGAGUGGCGUCCUUGAUGCACCAGUUGUUUUUGGCCUUGGAACACAUUCACAGCCUUGAAAUUGCACACUUGGACAUUGAGCCUUCAAACAUUCUGGUGGAUAAGAGCUUGUGCCCUCCCUCUCUCAAACUCGUCGACUUUGGCGACGCUUGCCACGUUGCUUUUGGAUCACCCGACUGCCUUCCUCAAACGCUCCCCUGUUACGAGUUUGCUUCUCCGGAAGUCCUCCUUCGCCAAAAGUGUUCGGUUUCUUCUGACAUCUGGUCCACCGGAGUUCUGAUCCAUUUCCUACUCAGCGGUCACUUCCCCUUCUACCACGACACGUUUGAGAAAAUGACAGCCAACAUCAUUAAUGGGAAUCUCCGUCUGCCUGCCCAAUUCCAGCCCAUAUCACUCGAGGGGAAGACAUUGAUUACCCAACUCCUCGUGCCGCCACCGUCAGAUCGACCCAGCGCCGCACAGUGCUCCAGUUCUCCUUGGAUUGCUGAGAGUCGAAAGUUUGUAACGCCGCUGGAAAGAGGUCAGUUAGAAAAGUAUUUGGGAGGGAGGACCGUUGAGGAUGGACUCAGGCGAUAUACCAAAUGCACAAGUAGUGCAUAACUUGUGCAGUACAUCAAUCUAGAGCAAAGAGGAAAAUCGAGUGCAUGCAUCCGUCGACGUCGAUCAUACCAGCAUACCCAGCAGUGCUGGGCCAGCACUCACCGUAUACUUACCUUACUAAAGACUGACACUAUUUAUUAUGACUAAUUUAAGAACUCGAUAGAUGUUAUGUAUGCACACUUGCACACACAUACAUAAUAUGCACUAUGUAGGCAUAUGUAUGAUGGGAUUCGAAUGGAUAAGUAUACUUCGAGUUGUGUGAACUAUACCCUUUCUAAAUUGUGAUCAUGUUUAUUAUCAAGUGCAAUCGAUUAUGCUAUUAUAUUAUAUUAUCCUGACAAUAAGAAUUGUUUCUAUAUUUUUAUAUUACAUAUAUAUGCUGCAUUACAUGUACUUGUUAGUGAAUGGACUGCGACUUGCGGAAUGAGAAUCUGAAUGUGCAAAAAUGACAUUUAUUCGUUGUUAAUAAAAAUUACAUUAUAUCCUUUA